UUUUUUUUUUUUUUUUUUUUUUUUUUUUGCUUGUACAGUAGAAGAAAUAGUAUGUCAUAUUUAAUUAACUUAACAUGAAUUAUCCAUUAAUUAAUCUAUCAUGUUUGUCCUGUGCGAUUUCUUUCAGUUGCAUUUGUGGUAGGAAAGUAUUUGUGUACGUUAUGAAAUUAGAAACCAGACGCUUGCUAAUGCUGCCACAAGAGAGAGAGCAAGUCAGUUUCUUUUCCCAGAAUACAAAAAAGGGUCUGUUCUUCCUCUUUUGGUUAAUUUGCUCCCUUUUUUUUACAGCUUUGAUAAUUUAUGGGGUGAGUGCUAGAUGUUGGAAAACGAAACGCAAGCAUAGCCCAAAGCUUAAACGAGGGCAGGAACCACGUGACUUCAUCAUGGCGGAGCCUCGUCGCUAUGGUGAUGGAAGAUCGAUGAAUGGAGAGCGUAGUGCCAAGAAUCUCUUGGCCCUAAAAAUUACUCGCAUCCCAUCUUGCAACAGACGAAACAUCAAGAACUGCUGUGUGACAAUUGACGAGUUUGAAGGCCGAACAUAUCUUUGCAUAUGACAAAUGUGAAGUCUGCAAACAUAUGUUUCCGGACCAGAAAAUUCUGCAAUCGUUGUUUCCGAAACGCCCGGAAACUAUAACAGUGCAACAACUCUGAGGAAGAGGUUUGAAAUUUAUGCCGGAACAGUUAUGGCAGAUGUCGUAAUAAAUAAUUUUAUAUGAGUAAAUAUUUUCUGAAGGAAUGAGAGUAAACUCAAGGCUCUAGUCAUGUCCAAGCCUACAGUGACGUGAAGUUGCAUCAUGUUAGAAGACAUCCAUUACGUGCUUGUAUUCGAGGAUCCAGAGUAUGAUGGCGGUGACAUUGAAGGACCAGUCACAGGGAAAAUGGAAAUUCUGCGGAGGCGGUAUAUCACCGCAAUGCGUAAGGAGACGCUGGCCGUCCAGGAAGAAAGAGUGGGAAAGUACAUAUUCGUCAAGAUUUUUUGCCCCUUGGAGAGACUAUAUCAAGAAGCAGAGGCGAUUAGGAUAGAAAUGCCUUUAUUAGGGUUGGUUUUGGACAACGCAGGAGAAGAAGAAGAAGCCAUGAUAGAAAAGAAGAUGAAAAAACUUUUUGAUACCGAAAUUGAUAACAGAUUGUCUGCCCCGUUUCAAAGAGACUGCAUAGAUCUUUUUACUGACCCAGAGAACCCUGACAUUCCAAUUUUGUGGUCUUCUCUAAAAUGCUUACUG